AUGAAGUUUGCCGCCGUCCUCGCCUUUGCCGCCACCACCGCGCUCGCGGCGCCCAAGCCCGGCGGCGAUGGCCCGCCUCCGACCGACGGGCAGUGCGUCGGCGUGGAAAAGGGCCCGGAGCCGGGCAGCUGGGUGUUCAAGGACUGCGCGCUGUUCCAGAUCCCGCCGGGGUCGCCGUGCACUACGAUUCCCGAGGACCUGAGCAAGCCGUAUCCCGACUGCUGCCCCCAGCCUAGCUGCCCCGAGUAA